AUGUCUGACGAGCUGGAAGCUAGAAUGUGGGAUGACGGAGGCUCCAAAUAUGAGUCCCGUAGCCGUGGGCCCUACUUUGAAUCCGCCUUUGCUUCCUCUGAACAUUUAGACAGAGCUCCUUUGUUAUCAGAGGAAACAUACACAGAUGUUCCAAUGACGGCCACAGACUCCGAGCACUGCCACUGGAAGCCUCAAGCGGAGCCGCCCAGCGCGAUACCACAGUUACUCACCGCAUUGGUACUAUGUGGCGUAUUUAUGGUGUGCGAGCUCAUCGGGGGCUACUUGGCCGGCAGUUUGUCGGUGAUGAGUGACGCGGCACACAUGCUGAGUGACUGCGGUGGCUUCGCAUUGGCGCUCCUAGCCUUCCACUGUGCUAAACGGAACCCUGACGUCUCUAUGUCUUAUGGAUACAAGCGAGCUGAGGUCCUGGGCGCGAUGCUCUCGGUACUCCUGAUCUGGAUUCUGACGGGGAUCUUCAUAUAUGUGGCGAUAUGUAGACUGCACUCGGGCGAAUACAACAUAGAACCUGAUAUGAUGAUGAUCGUGUCUGGGUGUGGCGUCGCCUUCAAUGUUAUACUGGCGAUGGUCCUCCAUGGCUGUGCUUCUGAUAUUGCUCACCACCACACACACGGUGGCGCGGCGUGUGCCCACGCCCACUCACACAACGCCCCAUCCCGCGGCUGGCGACUGUUCAAAAGCCGUGAAAACAAACACCUCAACGGGUCGCUCGUCAACGGAGACUAUACCAUGAAAGAUUUAUCCAGUGUCGAGGCGAGCGUGGUGGGCAGUCAAACGAGGAACAUAAACCUUCGAGCAGCUUUAAUCCACGUGAUAGGGGAUCUCAUACAAAGCUGCGGUGUGCUACUGGCCUCUAUACUCAUUAAGUUCUAUCCGGAAGCUAAGAUAGUGGAUCCUAUCUGCACGUUCGUGUUCAGUUUCCUGGUGCUGUUGACGUCAGCCAGGGUCGUCAGGGACGCCGUCGGGAUGCUCAUGCAAGCUGUGCCCAAGCACUUCAGGUAUCGAGAGUGUGUCUUGGCGCUGUCAUCGCUAAAUGGUGUCCGACACGUCCACUCUGUCCACGCGUGGGCUCUCUCAACACAUCACAUUGUGAUGACUGCCCAUAUUGCUAUCGAUGAGCUGACGGACCCCGAGGUGGUUCUGCACGCGUGCCAGCAGCUGGCCAGGAGCGAGUACGGCGUGCAGUCGGCGACGUUCCAGGUGGAGCGGUACAGCGCGCGGAUGGCGGCGUGCGACACGUGCCGCCUGCAGCCCGCGCACGUGCCGUGA